AUGACGUCGUUAGAGCAACUUGUAGAUCGAACACUGCACCGACUAUCCAGCAGAAUCGUUGCAAGUGGAGACCAAGAUUUUUGGUACCGAGAUUUGCUGGGAUUUGUUUCCAGUGUAAUAAAAAACUUCAAUGUUUCGCCUGACGGAACCCGUGUUGCCGUCGUCAAAUUCAGCAACAAUGCCAACGUUCCCAUCUUACUGAACAGUUACACAAACAUUUCCACUCUUCUGCCCGUUAUUAGAAAUCAAACAAUUGAGGGAGGUCAAACCAAUAUAGCUUCUGGCCUGAGAGCGACUCGAACCGACGUCUACAACACCGGCAGAGGGUACCGACCCAACGUAACGAACGUUGCCUUCCUCAUCACCGAUGGAGAAUCCAACAUUGAGGUGGAACAAACGAUUCCAGAGGCAAUCAAUUUGAAGAAUCUCGGGGUGGAGUUGUUUGUGAUGGCGGUCGGUACAGCAGUCAAUAUGAAUGAACUCUCAAAAAUAGCUUCCCAACCUCUGCCUGAUCAUCUCUUCAACGCCGCGCAAUAUCCUAGUCUGGAUAAUUUUUGGAAGAAUGUUGCUAAAAAUAUUUGUAACGCCAAAGGAGAGCCAAAAGUGACCACUACGGCUGCCCCAUCUACAACCACUGCAAGACCUGUUGGACCAUGCCUCGUAACCAACUGUUUGCAAUGUCAGACGGGAACCAACAACGUUUGUUCGUAUUGUGCUGCGAAUUACGUCAACGUUAACGGGCUGUGCGUUGUUCAAUGCAACGUUGCAAAUUGUUUGACGUGUAACGCACCGAACGUGUGUUCAGUUUGCAACAAUGGAUACACUUUGAAUGAUGCUAACAACAGAUGCGAAGCGCAGUGCAUCGUUCCAAACUGUCAAUCCUGUCAAUCACCUAACAGGUGUUCUCGGUGUAACAGUGGCUACAACUUGGAUAACAACGGAAACUGUGUUGCUCAGUGCAAUGUCCCAAACUGUCAACAAUGUCAGGCACCCAACAGAUGUUCACAAUGUAACAGUGGUUACAGCUUGGAUAGCAAUGGGAACUGCGUUCCCCAGUGUAUUGUUCCAAACUGUCAGCAAUGUCAAACCCCCAACAAAUGUAGCCAAUGCAAUGGCGGAUACAACUUGGACAGCAAUGGAAACUGCGUCUCUCAGUGCAACAUUCCAAAUUGUCAGCAAUGUCAGUCACCUGACAGAUGUUCCCAAUGCAGAAGUGGUUACAGCUUAGAUGCUAACGGAAACUGUGUUGUCCAGUGCAACGUUGCCAAUUGUUUCUUGUGUAACACACCCAACGUAUGUGCAGUCUGCAACACUGGAUUCACUUUAAAUAUCCAGAACAAUCGAUGCGACGUUGUCAAUAGUUACUUUCAAUGCAAACAGCACAGUGCAACGUUCCAAAUUGUCAAACCUGUCAGACACCCAACAGAUGUUCUCAAUGUAACAGUGGUUACAUUUUGGAUAACAGUGGAAACUGCGUUCCUCAAUGCAACGUUCCAAACUGUCAGCAAUGUCAGUCACCUGACCGAUGCUCCCAGUGUAGAAGUGGUUACAGCUUGGAUGCCAAUGGAAAUUGUGUUGUGCAACGUUGCCAAUUGUUUCGCGUGUAACCCACCGAACGUGUGUGCAGUCUGCAACAGCGGGUAUACUUUGAAUGCCGCCAACAACAGAUGCGACAUUCAGUGCAACGUUCCAAAUUGUCAAAACUGUCAGACACCCAACAGAUGUUCUCAGUGUAACAGUGGCUACAACUUGGAUAGCAAUGGAAACUGCAUUACUCAAUGCAACGUCCCAAAUUGUCAGCAAUGUCAGUCGCCUGACAGAUGCUCCCAAUGCAGAAGUGGUUACAGCUUGGAUGUUAAUGGAAAUUGCGUCGUUCAGUGUAACAUAGCCAACUGCCUAUCUUGCAACACACCCAACGUGUGUGCAGUUUGCAAUACAGGGUUCACUUUGAAUGUCGUCAACAACAGAUGCGAUGUGCAGUGCAACGUUCCAAAUUGUCAAUACUGUCAGUCACCCAACAAGUGCUUUCAAUGCAACGGUGGUUACAACUUGGAUAACAAUGGAAACUGUGUCGCUCAAUGCAACGUUCCAAACUGCCAACAGUGUCAGUCGCCUGAUAGGUGCUCCCAAUGCAGAAGUGGUUACAACUUGGAUUCGAAUGGACUCUGCGUCGUCCAAUGUAAUGUUGCUAACUGCUUCUCGUGCAACACACCGAACGUCUGUGCAGUCUGUAACAGUGGGUACACUUUGAAUGUCACCAGCAACAGAUGCGAUGUGCUAUGCAACAUUCCAAACUGCCAAUACUGCCAGUCACCCAACAGAUGUUCUCAAUGUAACAGCGGCUACAAUUUGGAUGGCAAUGGAAACUGCGUUUUGCAAUGCAGUGUUCCCAAUUGUCAAAACUGUCAGUCACCCAACAGAUGUUCCCAAUGUAACAGUGGUUACAGCUUGGAUAGCAGUGGAAACUGCGUUGUUCAGUGCAACGUAGCAAAUUGUUUUUCGUGCAACACACCGAACGUGUGUGCAGUUUGCAACACUGGAUACACUUUGAACGCUGCCAACAACAGAUGCGAUGCACAGUGCAACGUUCCAAACUGCCAACAGUGUCAGUCACCCAACAGAUGUUCCCAGUGUAACAGUGGCUACAACUUGGAUAGCAAUGGAAAUUGCAUUCUGCAGUGCAACGUUCCAAACUGUCAAACCUGUCAGUCACCCAACAGAUGUUCCCAAUGUAACAGUGGUUACAACUUGGACAGCAAUGGAAACUGCAUCACUGCACCAAUCCCGUGCAACGUUGCAAACUGUCGACAAUGUCUCUUUGCAAAUGUGUGCAAUCAGUGCAACGAUGGUUACACGCUCGACUCCACUAACAACGUUUGCAGAUUGCAAUGUAACAUCGCCAACUGUUACGCGUGCAGUUCUCCUAACGUCUGUGCCGUUUGCAGCACUGGAUAUACUCUGAAUGCCGCCAACAACAGAUGCGAUGUGCAAUGCAACGUUCCGAAUUGUCAAAACUGUCAGUCACCAUACAGAUGUUCUCAGUGUAACAGUGGUUACAACUUGGAUAGCAAUGGAAACUGCAUUCCCCAGUGCAACGUUGCUAACUGCCUUUCUUGUAGCACACCGAACGUGUGCUCAGUUUGCAACGGUGGAUACACUUUGAACGUCCCUAGCAACAGAUGCGAUGUCCAGUGUAACGUUGUCAACUGUGUUUCGUGCAAUACACCGAACGUGUGUUCAGUUUGCAAUCAAGGAUUCACUCUGAAUGUUGCUAACAACAGAUGCGAUGUCCAGUGCAACGUUGCCAACUGUGUUUCGUGCAACACACCGAACGUGUGUGCAGUUUGCAACACUGGAUACACUUUGAACGCUGCCAACAACAGAUGCGAUGAUUCAAAACUGAUACAAUUAGUUAUAAUUUUAUUUUCAGUGCAAUGCAACGUUCCCAACUGUCAAACCUGUCAGUCACCCAACAGAUGUUCUCAGUGUAACAGUGGCUACAGCUUGGAUAGCAAUGAAAUCUGCAUUCCACAAUGCAACGUUCAGUUCUGCCAGCAAUGCCAAGCACCGAACAGAUGUUCCGUCUGUAACAGUGGCUACUAUCUGGAUAGUAAUGCAAACUGCGUUCAAAUUCCAAUAACGUGCAACGUUGCCAACUGCCGAUCAUGUCUCGUAGCGAAUGUCUGCUACCUGUGCAAUGAUGGUUACACGCUCGAUACCAACAAUAACGUCUGCAGAAUCCAAUGUAAUAUCGCUAAUUGUUUGACGUGUAACUCGCCGAACGUGUGUGCACUGUGCAACAAUGGGUACACGUUGAAUGUCGCUAACAACAGAUGCGAUGUGCAGUGCAACGUUCCUAAUUGCCAGAACUGUCAGUCACCCAACAGAUGUUCCCAAUGUAACAGUGGCUACAAUCUGGAUGGCAGUGGAAACUGCGUUGCUCAGUGCAACGUUCAGUUCUGCCAGCAAUGCCAAACACCAAACAGAUGUUCCAUAUGUAACAGUGGCUACAAUUUGGAUGGUAAUGGAAACUGCGUUCUCCAAUGCACUGUUGCCAAUUGCUUGUCGUGCAGCACUCCGAACGUGUGUGCGGUCUGUAACAAUGGAUACAAUUUGAAUGUUGCUAACAACAGAUGCGAUGUGCAAUGCAACGUUCCAAAUUGUCAAAACUGUCAGUCACCCAACCGAUGUUCUCAGUGUAACAGUGGUUACAACUUAGAUGGCAAUGGAAACUGCAUACCGCAAUGCAACGUUCAGUUCUGCCAACAAUGCCAAGCACCGAACAGAUGUUCCGUCUGUAACAGUGGCUACUAUCUGGAUAGUAAUGCAAACUGCGUUCCCAUCCCAGUAUCAUGCAACGUGGCGAACUGCAAGUCAUGUCUCGUUGCAAAUGUAUGCAUCCAAUGCAACGAUGGAUACACGCUGGACACCAAUAACAACGUUUGCAGAAUCCAGUGUAACAUUGCUAACUGCUUGACGUGUAACUCUCCCAACGUGUGUGCAAUCUGCAACAUUGGAUACGUUUUGAAUGCGGCCAACAACAGAUGCGAUGCGCAAUGCAACGUUCCAAAUUGUCAAAAUUGUCAGUCUCCAAACAGAUGUUCCAUAUGUAACAUUGGUUACAAUUUGGAUGGCAAUGGAAACUGCGUUCUUCAAUGUACUGUUGCCAACUGUUUGUCGUGCAGUACACCCAACGUGUGCGCUGUUUGUAACACUGGAUACACGUUGAAUGUCGCCAACAACAGAUGUGAUGUGCAAUGCAAUAUUGCUAACUGCGUCUUGUGUAACACACCCAACGUGUGUUCAAUUUGCAACCAAGGAUUCACUCUGAAUGCAGCUAACAACAGAUGCGAUGUACAAUGCAAUGUUCCCAAUUGUCAAACUUGUCAGUCACCCAACAGAUGUUCUCAGUGCAACAUUGGCUACAACUUGGAUAGCAGUGGGAAUUGCGUUCCGCAAUGCAACGUUCCAAAUUGUCAGAAUUGUCAGUCUCCAAACAGAUGCUCUCAAUGUAACAGUGGUUACAACUUGGAUGUUCAAUGCAACGUUGGCAAUUGUUUCGCUUGCAGCACGCCGAACGUGUGUGCGGUUUGCAACAAUGGAUACACUUUGAACGUCGCUAACAACAGAUGCGAUGUGCAGUGCAACGUCCCAAAUUGUCAAAGUUGUCAGUCACCCAACAGAUGUUCCCAGUGUAACAGUGGCUACAACUUGGAUAGCAAUGGAAAUUGCAUUCCGCAAUGCAACGUUCAGUUCUGCCAGCAAUGCCAAGCACCGAACAGAUGUUCCGUCUGUAACAGUGGCUACUAUCUGGAUAGUAAUGCAAACUGCAUACCCAUCCCAGUAUCAUGCAACGUGGCGAACUGCAAGUCAUGUCUCGUUGCAAAUGUAUGCAUCCAAUGCAACGAUGGAUACACGCUGGACACCAAUAACAACGUUUGCAGAAUUCAAUGUAACAUUGCUAACUGCUUGACGUGUAACUCUCCCAACGUGUGUGCAAUCUGCAACGUUGGAUACGUUUUGAUUGCGGCUAACAACAGAUGCGAUGUGCAAUGCAACGUUCCCAACUGUCAAAGUUGUCAGUCACCCAACAGAUGUUCUCAGUGUAACAGUGGUUACAACUUGGAUAGCAGUGGAAAUUGUGUUGUUCAGUGCAACGUUGGCAAUUGUUUCGCGUGCAGCACACCGAACGUGUGUUCAGUUUGCAACAAUGGAUACACUUUGAACGUCGCUAACAACAGAUGCGACGCCCAAUGCAACGUUCAGUUCUGCCAGCAAUGCCAAGCACCAAACAGAUGUUCCGUCUGUAACAGUGGCUACUAUCUGGAUAGUAAUGCAAAUUGCAUUGCCAUCCCAGUAUCAUGCAACGUGGCGAACUGCAAGUCAUGUCUCGUUGCAAAUGUAUGCAUCCAAUGCAACGAUGGAUACACGCUGGACACCAAUAACAACGUUUGCAGAAUUCAAUGUAACAUUGCUAACUGCUUGACGUGUAACUCUCCCAACGUGUGUGCAAUCUGCAACGUUGGAUACGUUUUGAUUGCGGCUAACAACAGAUGCGAUGUGCAAUGCAACGUUCCCAACUGUCAAAGUUGUCAGUCACCCAACAGAUGUUCUCAGUGUAACAGUGGCUACAACUUGGAUAGCAGUGGAAAUUGUGUUGUUCAGUGCAACGUUGGCAAUUGUUUCGCGUGCAGCUCACCGAACGUGUGUUCAGUUUGCAACAAUGGAUACACUUUGAACGUCGCUAACAACAGAUGCGACGCGCAAUGCAACGUUCCAAAUUGCCAAAACUGUCAGUCACCCAACAGAUGUUCUCAGUGUAACAGUGGUUACAACUUGGAUGGCAAUGGAAAUUGCGUUCGUGAGUAA